GUUGCAGAAUAACUGUUUACAUACACAUUUUGCAAACAUGAAUGUGCACUGCACGUUUUUGCAUUAAGGAGGAGAAAAGAACUGAGGUGCGAGGUGAUGUAUCAGUACCACUGCCGCAUAUGUAAUCGAUUAGUUACUGUUUUUCUUAUCUGGUGUACUAACUUGAUACAUAACUAGAACUCUGCAGAGGCUAAGCUUACCCCGUCAGUCGAUGCCGACCAGUCUUGGAGAGCUACAAGCCUAGGAUGCUGACUGCCUGUAUGUUCCAACUUACUCAACACAUUUUAACAUCAUGGUGCUCAAUAUCAUCAUAUUGGUUCAGAAUCCAGACAUCCAUAAACAUAUGAUAGGCGUGCAGCUUGCAGUGGACACAUGCAGGUCAGGUUGUUUCUCAUCCUCUCAUCUGUUGUUGAAAUAUAGUUUCUUAAGAUGGCAACAAGGUCAACACACAUAUAAAAGCUGCGAUUCCACCAGGUGUGCUGCAGCUUCUAUACUCAGGGGACGUCAUACUUUUGGUUCCUGUGGCAUCAUUUACAAUCAAAUUGUCGUUUUAGAAAAGGAUAGCUAACUAGGGAAUUGAGCUAAUCUAUCUGCAAGCUGAGAAUUAUUCAUUUCAUUAUGCUAAUUAAUUAAGAUCAUACCAAGUUACCUACCCCUUGUACCAUAUUUUUGUUUGAGUGAGCAUUGUUGGUUUGAGAUACUCAUGCAUGUACGUGCUGUGUACGAUAGCUCCUAGAGUCCCGGUGCUGGCCGGCUGGGAUACUCCAGGCUACGGCCUAUAUGUACUCAUGUGUAUCCGUAAUCAAUAAAUGCUAUUCUUUCCCCAUCUACUAUUCUACAAGCAUGAUCAACAACUCUAGUAGUUGUACCCCGUGAUGCUGCAGUACCUUCGGUAACUUUUUUUAACAAAAACUUAAACACAGCACAGAUUAUUAUGGGUCAGACUGGACUCUUGCUUCCAGAUCACACUAAGUUAACCAAAUCACCAUCACUAUCUCCAUCAGCGAAUAGAAAAGCAUGAAAAUUGAAAAGGACAAGACAAUUUUUUUCAAGUGAAAUUGCACGGAGCUAUACAUAUAUGCGGGCAGACAUCCAUUGCAGUUGCAACAGAGCUUUCAUGACCCUUUUGUCUGAUGCUUGUCUGCAGAGUUUGGUGGCUCGCAACAUGUAUAAAAUGCAAUAGAAGCUUAAUGACAGCCUUGUUAACUCAGUACUUAAUCUGGCGCCAGCUAAUAGUAAGCUGAUCGAUGGGGAGGCAGCCCUGCUGUGACAAGCAGGGGGUGAAGAGGGGGCCGUGGACAGCAGAGGAGGACAAGAAGCUCAUCAGUUUCAUCCUGACACACGGCCGAUGCUGCUGGCGAGCAGUGCCUAAACUGGCAGGGCUGCUGCGCUGCGGAAAGAGCUGCCGGUUGCGGUGGACUAACUACCUCCGCCCUGAUCUCAAGCGUGGCCUCCUCAGCACUGCCGAGGAGCAGCUCGUCAUUGAUCUCCAUGCCAAGCUCGGCAAUAGAUGGUCCAAGAUUGCUGCCAAGUUACCUGGGAGAACAGACAACGAGAUCAAGAACCACUGGAACACACACAUUAAGAAGAAGCUCAUCAAGAUGGGCAUCGACCCAGCCACGCACCAGCCUCUGGCCAACUGCAAGGCGUCUACUUCACAAUCCACUGAUACAGCUGAGUCGACAAAAUCCAGUGACACCAGAGACGAGCAGGGCGUGAAGGAAGGUAGACGUAGGGACAUGGCACUGCCCACUGACUCGUCGGAGCAGUCAAGCUGGCUUGAGUCAGGAAACAAAGCCAGUGGUCAGGACCAUGAGCAGCUGGUGAAUUGGCUGUCAGAGACGGACCUGCCCAUGGAUGAGCCGUGGCUGAAUUUUACGAGCACCAACGAUGAUGCGCUUUGCACCGUGGAGGAGCCAUUGCCUUGGGACGGAGCAACAGACUGGUUGCUUGACUACCAAGAUUUUAGCAUGUGCAGCUCGAACUUGAUCGGCAAUUCAACACUUCCCAGCUCAGAUGGAUCAAACUUCUGAAGCUGUGGGACCUUGAGCUCCCUGGAGCUUUCUCCUCGAAGUACAACAAGUGUUCCCUGCUCCUCACCUGCUGGAGGCUGUGGAAGCACCGCAAUGCAGUGGUUUUUGAGCAACGGACCACACCGAUUCACCAAUUCUGGGAAGACUGGAGAGCGGAUGCAAGGCUGUGGUGUGCCCGGUGGCCGCGGAAGGAUAGAGACAUUGCUGAUUCCUGGUGUCGGCUUAUAGUUUCCAUGUAAUAGUUCCCGCAGUUACAUACCUGUGCCCUUCGUUUUCUCUCAGAACCCCCCUGUAACAGACGUUGGGCUUGCAAGAAGCCCUUAAAUGAAUCAGGUAGGGGUGACUCACCCCCGCCCCGCACCCACCCUCAAAAAAACUUCUGAAGCUCAGAGAAGACGGUGCGGUGUUGUGUUGGUAGAGCCCUAAUGUUUCUCAGUAUGAGAAGUUGUAGGAGUAUCAUUGUCUGAACGUGCAAUACAUCCAAAUAUCCAAUCAGCAACUUGACUGUA